GAAUUAAUCCCUUUAGAUAUUAAGCUGUAUCUUAUAAACGAUUAGAAAAGGAAGCGAGGAAGGGUUUCUGCAAGCUCCUUCUGUCUUUCAUUGAUUUUUAACCAAAUUCCAUAUCGAACAACAAGUAUAUGAAUCACUAUUGUUGCUAAUUUAAAAAAAAAGUGUAGUUUUUUCUUUUUCGAGGAGACGGAGAUAGAUAUAUAAGGCCAGAGUUCUUCAAUUUCUGUAUUUACAAGAUGAAGACGACGAAAGGAGGCAAAGUUAUGAACCCCACUGACGCCUAUCGUAAGGAGCUUCGCAAGAAGGAAUUGAAACGGAACAAAAAAGAAAGAAAGAAGGUGAGGGAGGUGGGCAUUUUGAAGAAGGAUCCUGAUGUUCUUAAGGAGCAAAUAGAGAAGUUGGAACUGAUGAAGGCAGACGGUGCCUUGGAUAAAGCAAGAAAACACAAGAAGCGGCAACUUGAGGAUACACUCAACCUUGUUUUGAAAAAGAGAAAGGAGUAUGAAGAGAAGAUGAAGGAGAAGGGUGAGACCCCAGUCAUGUUCAGUCAUUUGGGGCCGCCUCGAAGGAGAACAUCUGCAGAAGAAGAAGAGAGAGUCAAGCACCCUAAGCCUGAAGACUCUGUCUACUAUCACCCUACCCUUAAUCCUACUGGGGCCCCACCACCGGGAAAGCCUCCUAUGUAUAAGUCAUCCAUAGGGCCCCGGAUUCCCUUAUCUGCUGCUACCUCAUCAAGCACUGCUCCGUCGUCCUCAAAUGCGGAGUCAGAUGAUGCUGCCUUAGCUAUGCCUCCCCCUCCACCUCCCCCACCUCCACCUUUGACAGAGAGCACUAACUUGGCCUCUGGAGACAUCUCUGUUGUCCCUGCUUCUUUACCCCUACCUCCUCCUCCUCCAAUGCCACCAAAGCCUCCUGCACCUGGCUUGGGUAUGCCACUGCCUCCACCUCCUCCAGGUCCUCCACCAAAAGAUCAAGUUGCAAAUCACACCUUACUUCCACCACCUCCACCCCUCCAACAGUCUGCUCAGCCACCUCCACCUGGCACCAAUGAAAUUGGAAGGGAGAGAAAUUUAUGUACCUUGUCAGAUGAACCAUCCUCCAAAGAAACAGUUCAGGUACCUACUCUUCUCCCUCCACCACCUCCUCCUCCAAGUAUGCUGCUGAAGUCAGCCAGCAAUCAGUCUGAAGGUGCCUUAUCUGAAAUUGAUGGAGAUAAUCCAACAGCAGCAAAGGAUAACCUUAAAAUGGUGCCCCCACCACCUCCUCCACGGCAACCACCUCCUGUGCCUGGGCCAACUUUGAUACCCACAUUACAGCCUGAUGUAUUACCUCCAGGAAUUUCACAUUUGCCAGGACCCCCACCUCCACCAGGUAUGCAGGCACCAGUGAUUGCUACUGGACUUCCUGGCCAAGUGGCUCCACCGGGAGUGAUGGUUCCACUAAUGCCAAGACCACCAUAUCCUCCUCCCCCUGGACCUCCCCCAAUGAUGAGACCACCCCUUCCACCUGGUCCUCCUCCGACCUUGCAAGAAGAUCCUGCAAUGAGGCCACCCAUUCCUCAGAAGCCAUCUUAUAUCAAAUCUGCCGCAUCCACUGUUGUUAAGAGGCCAUUAGCACAGCAUACUCCAGAACUUACAGCUAUGGUUCCUGCUUCAGUUCGAGUAAGAAGAGAGACUGCUGUCCAAAAAUCAAAACCCAAGCCAACAGUUUCAACUGCAUCAGUAGCAGCCACCAGACCAACAGUCGCUACCAUCGUGAAGCCAGAGUCCACCAACUUGCCAUCAGCUCCAAAGGCUCAGAGUAUUGAUGACUCAUACAUGGCCUUUUUGGAGGACAUGAAAGCACUUGGAGCUCUAGAUGCUUGAUCUCAGACUAGGGGGACUCAGAAACAAGGAACCGAAAGCAGCAAAGUGUACAGGUUAAUGUGCUGGACCAGGUGUUUGAGCUAGAGAAAUUGUGGUUGCAAGUGGCUUUUGGUUCGGUUAGUCGUUGGGUUUUCAGAACCUACAUUGUAUCUUUGAUCCAUUUUUCUGUUGCUAAAACUCCUCAAUAUGUAAGUGGGUGUGAGUGGGGCCAAUUUUUCUUGAAGUGGACGAUGGAUAUAUUAACUGGAAUAGAGGGAUAACUGUACUUCAUAAAAGUCAAUAUUUGGUUGCCAACGAUUCCCAACUUAUUUUCUUUGUACUCUCUCAUUUGUAACUUUUAUGGGAUGUAAUUCCAUUAUUAUUGUUGCCUGUUUAGAGAGACUUGUAACCCUUUAAUCUGCUCAUUUUAUGUUC